UAACGCAGGGCAACCGCCCCUGUAGCCCGCCGGCGGGGGCUAAGCUGCCCGGGGCCUUCCACCCCGCUGGCCCCUCAGGAGGGUGUGAGCGGCCGGGCCGCUUUCCGCCUCCGGGUCGAGGCCCCAGACUACUCCACCGGCGGCAGAGCGAGACGCCUUGCCCAGUUGGGAAGGGAGCUGCCUUCUGAGGCGCGGAGGAAGAAGAUGUUAAAGAUUUUAAGCAACCAUCACAGUAAUGGAUUUCAGUCACAAAAAUGAGACUGAAUUAGAAAAUAGUGAAAAUUAUGAAAUUCAAAGCACAGAAGAAACUGAAUUAAUCUAUACUUGUCCAGAUGAAAGAAGUGAAAAGAAUCAUGUUUGUUGUCUUCUCAGUGUCAGUGACGUUACACUUGAACAGGAUAAAAAAUCCAAAGAGUUUGUCAUUGGAACUGGAUGGGAAGAAGCGGUCCGAGGCUGGGGACAGAUUUCUCCAACUGCCUGCAUCUGGCCCAGGAAGAAGCUUAAGAAGGCGAGGGUGGGAGAAAGUGCCAGCAGCUGCUUACUCUGUGUCAAUCUCUCCCAUGGGAGCCUGGAGGCCAGGCUUCAGUCGGAGGCAGGGAAGUUGGAGUCUGGGGCUUCAGCUCCAGCUCCGGCGGCUGAGGCAGGCCUGGAGAAGGAUGGAGGCAGCCUCUCCCAGACCCCGGGAACCCCCCCAGGCCCCACUGUGGCCUCUAGGGAAGUUAAUAAGAUCUGCUUUCCCACCUACAGUCAGGGAGAGAAGAAAAGUCUGCAAAUAAAAGAAUUUAUUUGGUGCCUGGAAGACUGGGCCACCCCGGAGACUGUUAGGGGCAAGGACCCCAGAAGGCCCUGGAGAGGCACUGACAGAAUUCUCGCCACCUCAGACUCCCUGACUUCCAAAGCCCUUUUAGUCCUCCCUCCCUUAAAGUCUUCACCUGCAAAUGGCUUGGAUGUUCUGGGUAAGAAGACUAAGAACUUUUUCUUGCGGCCAGAAGAGAAGGGGCUAAGUGUGGAAAAGGAUGAGUAUGUGACUUACGCCUCUGGAGUGAAAGCAGUUGACGGGGCAGGCGAAAAGCAGCCCACUGAGCUGGCCAGGCACCACAAAGUCAAGGAAACGCAGCCUUUCCUCCGCCUGGCGGCCCGGACGCCCCUGCUGGCUGAGCCUGAGCCCUGCUGCCUGCACUGGUCCCUCCUGCCUGAGAAAAACCUGGUGUGCCCUCCCUGCUAUCUUGCCACCUUCCAGCUUUUGCAGAAACAAGGAGCAAGGAACUACAAAGCCAGACUCAAAGCCAGGGAGCCCAGACCUCCCACGAAAACCCCAAAGCGCGUCCUCACAGAGACCAAGCAGGAAAACAAGCCCCAAAUGUUGGAGACCAAAGUGUUCUCAAGACCUCUCUUGCCGUCCCUCACAGUGAGCAGAGUUGUUAUUCCCAUUUCCACUCACAGACUCCUUUGAGCUGCUACAAUAUAAUCCCCUGGGAAUAAGCAGCGUCUGAACAUGGUUCAUCUUCUCUCCCCUGUCUCCCUCCUGCCCCACCCCAGGCUCUUUCUCUUUCUCCUUUUCCUUCUCUUCAUCUCGCACACUCUUCUUUCCCUCUCUCCCCUGGUCCUUUUUUGGUAGUAGAUCGGGGACAGCUGAACCUCGUAGUAUGGAUUUUGAUGUACUCUCAAAACCUCCACAUUUUUGUGUUACCUGCUUCUGUUGCUUAGCCAUUUACAAAACGCACACUGGUAGUGCCAGUCUCAGCCUUAGCCUGGCUUAUCUGUGCCCUGGGAGACAAGUGGACGGUGGGGAAGCUGGAGGGCCUCCCUCCAGGGUUGCCCCCAGGUCAGCCCCCGAGCCAGCUGGCAGGGGCUCUUUCUGCCCCCUCAACCCCAGUGCUUCAAGCCAGGCAUCCUGGGCUUGUUGAGACCAAAUUCUUUCCUGCUCUUUGAACCUGGCAGAUGGUCUAUUGGUUGCUACAUUUUCUCUUGCAACAGAGAUCUGCUUUAAUUGAAACAGCGUUGUAAGAGAAAAUUCCAGCCUCUGUCCAGGUGAAUUUCAUAUGUCCAGGGUGGCAUAUCCUUAUAUUGAUAUUAGAUGGAUGGAUGUGCCAUAUCCAUUGUAUCUUAUGUGUCCCAGAUUUCAUAUACUUAGAGCCUCAUACUAGUUUCUGUGUCUGGAAGGUUUUGGCUACCUUUAUACAAAAUUCAUCAUUAGAGGCAGAUUGAGAAUAAUUAUUAUUUUUUAAAUGUCACUGUGAAAAAAAAGAGUCACUGUGAUUAUUGUUGGCACACAUGCUUCUUCCAGUCUUACAUCUACUGUCUGGGAACUCGACAGCCCCAGACAGAGUUAUGGAAUGGAGGUGUGACUCUCUUCCUUCUUCCAUCUUUCCUCCCCGCUUAUUUUACCCCAGUGCACACUUCCUGAAGUUGUGUAUAAAUUAAAUGUUUGUAGAUAAGUUAUAUUUUAAAUGUGAAGUGACAAUGCUAUGCAGAGAGAUGCUCUGAAGAACCAUUUUGUAAUGUGAAUAACCAUUUAGCUGCUCUGUAAUUACAUAGUUAGCAUUUGCUUAAAGUAGAUCAUACUUGAACUGUAGGCUUUCCAUCUCCUAAGUGAUGGGCAGACAGAAUAUAUGGCUAUUUGUAAACAUCUGCUUUCCAUAACUGGUCUUUGUAAUGUCUUGUCUGUUUUAAGUUUAGGAGUUUUGUUGGUUUGUCUUUACAAAACACCAGAAAUGCAGGAAUGAUUACAGUACAAUCGUCAUUUAAAGGUGUAUUUUGCCUUUUGAGGUUGGACACUUUACAGACUAGAAGCAGUUUUCAGGUUCUACUCACCCUUUCUGUCUGAAGGAAGAAACCAUCUGAAUUCAUCCCCAAGAAGAGGUCCCAAUUUCCCUCUGUGUCUGCACCCUGGGGGUGUUGGACCCAGUACUGCUUGAGCACUGUCCAGCUCUGGCAACUGCCUACCUGAGUCAGUGGUUUUUUUCAAGUCCUCCUUUGUAGGCUGCAGAUUAAUGAAUAAGCUCACUAUGUAUACACCUGUCAAAGUGUCUGCUUGUGAGGGAAAAGUAUCUACCAGUAUGAACGAGGGACAAAGCUCACCUGCUCAGCCCAGGGGUACUUACCCGGUGAGAUCUUGCCACAGUUUGAACUGAUGCAAGUUACAAGACAAUGCAAUUUUUUUUUUUUUUCCUUAAGAAAAACUCACUGUUGAGAUAAGGGUUAUACAUUCUAUACCUUUGGGGAUAAACAUAUAAUAAUUUAUUGAGAUUUAGUUUGAACAAAGGAAGGACCCAAAUUUAAAGGUUUGUUGUUCAGUCGCUUAGUCGUAUCUGACUCUUUGCAACCCCAUGUCAGUUUUAGUAUCUUAAAAAAUUUUUUUAAUCAACUAGUUUUCUUUUUUUAAUUAUGAAAGCAUCUCUUUCUUUAGGUAAUUAUUCAAAUACCUGAUAAAGUCCCUCUGGUAUCUUAUUUGUAUUGGCCGAGGAAGUUUGGCUUGCUUUUCUGUGGACAAAGUCAGUCUAGGCCUUGUCCCAGUUUCUAGUCAGAUUAAAUCAGGACGUUCAAACUGGUCUUUGAUAUCCAAGUCUAGAUAAAGGCUAAAUGUUUACUGGAAUGCAAUAACAAAAAUCUAGGUCAAUAACAAAAAUCCUUCCAUUUUAAGGAGGCAGCAUGUUAUAAUUCAGUGCCAAUGACCCUCUUCCUACCUCCAGGUGAUGACCUCAAAUUAGGUAUUUGUUCUUGUGUGUUGUUGUUAGUUGCUCAGUUGUGUCCAGCUUUCUGCCACCCCCUGAACUGUAGCCCGCCAGGCCCCUCUGGCCAUGGAAUUCUCCUGCGAGAAUACUGGAGUGGAUUGCCAUUCCCUUCUCCAGGGGAUCUUCCCGACCCAGGGCUCAAUUCUCAAGCCGAACAUAGAGGGCUCUGUGUUUCAUCUUUUAUUCUAUUAGUUUGUAUCAUUAGUAAAACUUUCCGAACUCCUGUUUUUCUGGAGAUUUAAAAAAUCACUGAGUGGAAGUGUGGCUGCAGCCAACACAGGCUCCUCCUGCAGAGCCUCACCUCCUGGGGGAGGCCACGCCGAGUUCUGGGGGUGCUGCUGAGCAAGUGCAGGGCCGCAGGGACUGGACACCCGGGAGACUGUAGAUCUGACAGCGCAAGGGGACGAGGGCGAGGGGAAGGUUAAGUCAGAAGAAGACCCAGCAGUGUUUGGACAAGUAUGGCAAGCUUUGGCUGCUCGGGGAGACUUCCUCUCAUUUUUAGCUUUAUUCUUUUUAGUCUGGACUGGAUCUAAUUUGCUUUCAAUCUCUCCCUCUCCCUAAGUGCCAGAGCCCCAGCCCAUCUCUCUGCAGGCUCCCCCAGCUGGCCAAGCAGGCUGAGCUGCACAAUUGGAGUCCUCACGCCUGGGACUUUCUGGGUGUCUGGGCUUGGGUCCGAGUGCAGCCUUGGUGCUGCAGUGCUGGGGCUCCUGAGAAGCCAGAUGAGGAAGAGACAGGGGCUCCCGUGGCUGUGACUGAGGGCAGAGGAGGGAGUCUGCUGGUGCCACCGGCAACGCUCGCCCACCGUCUGCCAGGCUGACUGCGGCCCUGGAGCCAGGAGAGGUUCUGAGCUGUGCCCUUGAUGCCCAGGCUAAACUCUGACCUGAGUGCCACUAACCCAUCACAUGACACAGUAAGUCCACUUGAAUUGGCAAGGCACUAUUCUAAGUGUUCAGAGCCUGCUCUGGGUAUUGCCUCCUUUUAUCCUGAGCAAAUUCAUGAGGCUCAGGGCUCAUUUUCUCCCAAGAAGAAACCCAUCAACGGAGAGUUUGGGUUCAGGAGUGCAGCUUGGGCAUCUGAAGGUGCCGGCUUAUCUGCAAGGAGAGGAAACAGCUGGAGUGCUGGGUGGAGUGAAUCAUGUAGGGCAAGGAAGGAGGACUUCGGAAUGUCUUUCCUUCCUGUUAGAUGGGACAAUUCAGACACAGGAUUGGUGAAGAUGAGGAGGUAAGGUAUGUAAAAUGCUCAUAGAGAUUUGUGGUUUUCCAGGAUGUCAUGAUCAGAUCAAAUACAAAGAGCUGGAUCAUUUCCCUUUAAUGAAUGCCUGGCUGUUCAAAAUCAUUUAGAAAUCCUGUGGGCAUGACCAGUUGUCACCUGGACUCUUUAAAAAGCUCACCUCCCUAACUUGUCAACUUGGGGGUCCUUGGUUGGGAUGCCUGUCAAUCAGUUCAUGGGCCAUCUUCAUUGCCUGGCCCUUCUCCUCAUCCUAUUUUGCCUGAAUUUCUACUGCACCAGUCUAAACAUGAUUGCUCUGCAGACUUACACAUGUCUCUCAGACUGGUGUUGUGUCAUCCUGAGGUGUUACGGCAAAAAAUUUACUUUUCAAGUUUAAUCUCACAGAUCAAAACUAUUAUAUAUCUUCCUGAACACAGUCUUAAAGUAACUGCAGUGCAGUAACUAAAACUAGCACUAUCAUCCUUUUUCCUAGGAGCUGAAAACUAGACAUUUUUAAAUGGACUCUGUCCUAUAAAAUGAGGGGUUAGGGACUUUCCUGAUGUUCCAGUGGUUAAGACCCUGUGCUUCCAAUGCAGGAGAUGCAGGUUCGAUCCCUGGUCAGGGGGUAAAAAUUGAGGGAAUUAAUACCUAAGGUACUUCCUGAUUCUGUCAUCUUAAUGAAGUUAACUUGCCUGUAAACAUUACUAGACACUCAAAUUGUGAACAGUUCUUUCUGUUAUAGAUUUGUGAUCAGAUUGACUCUGGAUGCUGGCUUUUGUAGUGUGAAAUUAAAAGAAAAUCUAAGUGAAUUUCAAUUUCUACAUUUCAAAAGUUGCUUACAGU